AUGCCGCCGUCUACUGAGGAUUGUUCCAAGAUGUGUCUUCAAGGGUUCGAAGACGCCCUACGGUUUCUUACGAAGAAUGCUAUGGCACCGUGUAUACGCUGUUUAACCAUUCAAACGAAUAUCGACGAACUUGGUGAUGUGUAUGUUCCCCAAGAAGAGCGUCAGUUUUCCCCGACUGGCCUAUUUCGCACGAAAAAGAAUCAAAACUAUGAGCAAGUACAAAAGCGAAUCGAAUCGGAGUGCGAUACCUGUUGUGAAAGUGAGCAUAUGUAUAAUGCUGCUGUGAGCGAUGUAUUUCCAUCGCUUCUCACGAAAACAUUCGAUGAAGCGUUUGCUGCAGAGGAGUCGUACUUCAAGUGCUUCUUUUCUUUCCGGAUAUUUCGCUUUGCUCGUACUGCUCUCGGUGUUGGAAAGUUGCCUUGGGAUAUGCUCGUCAUUUUCACAAGAAACAUAUCGUCGUGGUUGUCAGCUGUUGUGGCUCCCAAUUGGCUAAGAGUCAAGUUACAAUCUUUAGUGGAUUUCGUGCUGGCCGAAGUGGAAUACCAGCAGUUGCGAUACAGUCGGUAUGUGGAAAAGGUUGCGUCAGUUUCAACGGCUUCGAACGAUUGGAUAUGGCUGGACGAUGUGGCUAACGACGACUCACUUCAGCACGUCAUUGAGUACAGCCAUUCUCAUGAUGCUAUGUACGAAUUCCACUAUAUGGAUGAGAAUCACCAGUUACGCUCGUUUGAACUGUUCAACGUGGCUAAUCCACGUAGACACGACUGCCAUUCACAUAUUAGCGGUAACGUGUCACGACCUACAACGGCGGUAGCAGAAGAAGUGGAACAAGUAGAAAAACCUGCUGAAUGUUCAAAUAACUCAGAAGAGGCCGAUUCUGGACUGUCAGGCGUUGAAGGCAAUACUGACUCUGGGCAUCGAGAUGCGUGCUGUUCUCCUGUGCGUCAUUUUCCGUCAACGUCGACUCGAGUGACGUCUCGUGGUAAAAGUCAAGCUAGGCGGCACGCUGGAUCGGGCGGUACGCCUACAUCGAGCCGAAAGCAGUACUCUGCAUCCCGCAGUGGAAGUGGCGUCACCGGAUCUGCAUGUAAUAUCAGUGUUGAUGUGAGGUCGACGUCAUCGGAUUCAGAAGGCGAUGGCGCUGAUAAGCUUUUCGUGCCAGCACGACGCCAACGAACCACAAGUAAAGAAUAUGAUGGCGAACCAGAACCCAGUGAUACUGAUGUUGCAGUUUAG